UCUGUGUGCAUUCAUGGUGCAGGUAAAUUGCAUCAAUAAGUUUGAAUGGAGAAUUAUACAAAAUUAAUGACUGAAAACCUUACAACAACCGAAAUGUUUUCGUCUUCUGCGUUGUUAACGGCCACGAACGGCAUAUUAGAACAUAAUACUAAUUCGACAAUUUCCACUUUGCUCCAAGCGACACCUGCAUCAGCUACCACCACCAACAAAACCGCAGAUGCUAUGCCAACGGAUACGGAUAUUAAGCAGAAUGAAAAUGGGCACUUCAUCCUCAUUCCCUUCGUAGUUCUUUCAUUUAUCAUAGCUUUUUCCGCAGUGGUAUUCUUAAUUGUACAAAAUCGACGCCGUCUUGCGCGCAUCUACUGUCGUCGAAGAAGUGAACGUAGGUACUCGUUUGAUGAUGAUUCUGAUUCCACGCUAGAGCAAGGUGAUGGUUACGAUUUCGAUGACCCCAGCGAAUGCCUGCUGAAGGGGAAAUUGCAAAUCGAUAAUAGUUACGCAAGCGCACUACGCAAAGAUCUUUAUACCUAAAUGAAAAUAAUUAUGACGAGAAUAGUGAUCACUAGAACUAUUAAAAAACAAGUGAAUAACAUUGCUAUUCUAUGUUGUCUUCUUUGUUGCAUUCAACGUUAAUUGACAGCACCUUGAUAGUCUCGCUCAUGAGCAUUCCUCGCACUAUAACAGAUAAAAAAUUUGUUAUCGAUACUAAAUUAUACUCUAGAUCAUGCUUAGUAUACAAACAUAAGCCAUAAGGCUAUUAAAAUAGAAUCGUUAUACAUAAUAAAUUAAUUGUCUAACAAAUAAUCAA